AUGUGCUUUGUUGAAUUGGAUAAAGCAUAUGACCUGAUCCCACGCGAAGGGCUGUGGGUGUGCCUGAAAACAUACGGGGUCGAUGGCCGGCUCCUCGAAGCCGUACCAUCGCUGUAUGUUCAUAGCAGGUGCUGCGUCAAAAAAGAAGCUAAGGAACAGGCUAAAAAAAUAAAGUACCUCGGGGGCGAGUUUACUGAUGAUAGAAAAUUGGAGGCGGAAAUCGACCAGAGAAUUGGCGUGGCGUUCUGUGAACUGACCCGAACCGUUGUGACGUUAACAGAGCUGAAUCUAAAGACAAAGCUCUCUGCGUUCAAGUCGAACUUUCUCCUGGAGCUCAUUUACUCUCAGGAAUCCGAAAACCCAAAGACCCCAGGGGCGGACAAGAAUGAUCUGUGGCAAGUGUCCGAAGAAAUCUACUCCAGAGUCAGGUUAUCUUCUACCGAAGAUCAAACGCUGGCAUAG